UCCUCAUUCUAGAGCUUACAUCUUCCGCGGAAUUCUGGGAGACUGGGCAGACCACUGUAUUCACUGGAGAUUUUACCCCCCACUCAUGCCUGUGAAUACAGUCCACCUGCUCCUGUCUGUCACACGCCUUCCUUUGCUCAAAGCAACUGUCAUCCCCAAAGAUCAUGACAGUCCAGCCAGCUGGGAUAAGGUGCUGAAAAAGGAAUGUUAGCAUGUCUGUCCCCCACUUGUACCGUAAAUAUCUUCCAUGCGGUUCGCAGCGUUUAAUUUUAGCCUACGCACAAGGCAUGAGCUAAACGUUUCUUGCCUCAGCUUCCCAGUCUGCGCUUUCCUUCAUCACAGGUUGGAGGGAAAUUCUCUUUUCUUUUUCAAUCCAUACACGCAAGAAACUACAGAACACAAAUAUGUCAAACACCAAUGACACAGAGGACUUUAAUGAAGAAGACCUCGAUGAGGAUGAACUUCUUGCUACGCUUUCACCCGAGGAGCUUAAGGAGCUCCAGAGUGAGAUGGAUGUUAUUAUUGCCCCCGAUGAGAGUGUACCGGUUGGACAGAGACAGAAGGACCAGACAGAAAAGCCUCCAACUGGAACAUUUGACCAUCGAUCCCUGGUUGAUUACCUCUACUGGGAGAAAGAGUCCAAACGAAUGCUUGAGGAAAUAAGAGUGCCUGCUACCCUGCUGCCCAGUGAGAAAAUGUUGAGAGAGGAAGAAGAUAAAAAGAACGAGGAUGUUGAAUAUGUUUAUGAAGUAAUAGAGAAUAUUAUUGAGGAGGAAGCCACAGAUGGAACUGAAAGAGAAAACAUUAUAGAGGAGAUAAUUGAGGAAAUAUUUGAAGUUGAUGAGAAGGAAGACAAACCAAUCCGGGCGUUACUUGUGACUGCAGAUAAAAAUGGAAAUGUAGAGAAACUCGUAGAUGCUCCAGGUCUUAACGGCAUGAAAAAAUUGCCACCAGAGGAUACAGAUGACAAUCAGCCUUUUUCAGACUCAAAGGAGAAGAGCGAGAGCUUUGCCCCUAAAACUGUCACCUUCCAAACUGAAGACAAGAAGGAAAAUCAAGGCUUAAAUGCUUUACUUCCCAACGAAACGCCAGAGGAACAAAUUACAAAUGAGACUAAUGAUACUGUCCCAGAGAAGGAAAUGAGAAAAAUUAAUAAAUUAAAGAUCCCACAGUUGGCACUUGGUAACAUAAAAAUGACAUCAAGACCUUCGGGUAAUGAGACGAACUUAGAGACCACGCUUGACAAAAUCCGCAACAACAACCCCUCUGUCAUGGAGGUAAACCUCAACAACAUAGAAAACAUUCCCAAAGAGAUGCUUUUAGACUACGUCAAUGCCUUGAAGAAGAAUAAACAUGUCAAAACCUUCAGUAUAGCCAACACUGGUGUUGAUGAAAACAUUGCCUUCAACCUGGCCAACAUGCUACGAGAGAAUCGCAGCAUUACAACAUUGAAUAUCGAGUCUAACUUCAUAACUGGAAAGGGAAUCGUGGCCAUAAUACGCUGCCUCCAGUUCAAUGAGACACUGACAGAACUGCGAUUCCACAACCAAAGGCACAUGCUGGGUCACCACGCAGAGAUGGAGAUCUCACGCCUGCUCAAAGCUAACAACACCCUCCUGAAGAUGGGUUACCACUUUGAGCAACCAGGGCCCAGAAUGGUGGUGACCAACAUUUUAACGCGGAAUCUUGACCGCCAGAGGCAGCUGAGGAAGGAAGAGCAGAGGCAGCAGCAACUUAAGGAGCAGAGGGAGGUGAUGCAGAUGUAUGAGAACAGUCUAAACCUACCUCCCGGCUUGCUUGAGAUGCUUGGGUACAUACCACCCGUCGAACUUCUGCAGCAGCACGGGCUCGUCCCACAGUCUUCAGAAGUCAGUGCGACAUCUCAGAAGAAGACAGACAGCUCUAAAAAAAGUGACAGGGAAAAGCCUCAGAAUCAGCUCAAACACAGCUUGAAGAAGAGCAUUCCAAAGGCACCCAGUACAGAACGAGCAAACCCAUUAAAAGAUGUGCACCUGAAGAGGACUCCCAAGAAGCGUGACCCCUUUCUGGAUAUAAACCCGAGGGAAGACAGGAGACCAGAGAAGGUCAGUUUCCAACUGAGGAAGUCUCCCAAAGUGAAGGACGCAGGCAGUGUGGAGAUGACAGCUGAAAAAGCCGACCUGAAAGAUGUGAUAAAGACUUUGAAACCCGUCCCCCGGAGACGCGUGCCUCCAAAGGUUGACCUCACACCACGUGAUCAGCUGCUAAGCCAGAUUAAACAGAGCAAUGUGGCCUAUCUCAAACCUGUGCCGCUCCCUAAAGCGCUGGAAUCAAGUGAAACGAGUCUCCUCUGAGGUUGCAGCUUCAGCUUUGUUUUUGUGUUUUUACACAUUUUAAUUUUUUCACUGCAGUAACACUGAGUGCCUUUACACAUAAAAAAA